AUGCGGAUAACUGUGGGUGGUGGGCCCAAUACUGCUAAUACAACGUUGACAAGUCGAGCAAAUCCUGAAGAAAGGAAAGAAGCCAGGAUUAAUAAGUAUUUGAUCUUUGCUGGAAUUGGUAGCGCAGUGUUCGGAGUGCUUUUCCUGAUCCUCCUUGUAUGUCUGCAAAGAUCGCGAGAAAAGAAGAGGCUUUUAGAAUUGGCCGAAAUCAAACAUCGUAGAAAGCGAAGAAGAAGCCAUGAACGUAAACCUAAAAAACGUCGAACAAAAGCCAAAAAAGAGACUUUAAAGACUUCGGGAGAGGAAAAGAAGAAUGGACACGAGAAACUAUCAGCUGAAGCAUUGCAUUCAGCGCCUACUCCAGUUGAAGUGCCCCCAGAUGCCCCUAAAGGCGCCGCUUCACCUCCUACCGCCACUGGUGGCGAUUACGUAAAUGCGGAUGAUCUGAUGUUGGAUAUCUUGACAGCUUCUACGCAGGCGGAUGUGGACGUUCAAAACUCGUGAAAGAAAACUUUAAGUUAAUUGUUGCAAAGAUAAGAAAAAAACUUCAUCGAAGGC